UCAUUCUGAAGUUUCUCCAUGGCGGUGGACAGAAAGCACUGAGACCGUGGAAGUCUGCGCAAGAGCAAGGACAAUAAUUCUGGAAGGAACAUACGCAUUUUUAAAGGAGAAGCGAUUGAAAGUUUCCCGCAUGGUUUUACUUGUUUUAUCAAGAUCGCGGUAACUGGGUAGUUACCAAUACGUUUGAAGUUCAAAGGUGUAGAAGAGGGAUUCGUGUAGUUGUAGGUUAAGUUUGAAACGUUUGCUUUUAGAAUAGCUGAGAAUGCGUUGGUUUAUUCAAGUUUUGUUUUCAUGUACUUGUUUGGCUGUCUUCAGCCACAGUGCUAUGGAUGAAUGCACUGAUGAUUCGAGUCGUCCUCAGCGAUGCAUGCCAGAGUUUGUCAACGCAGCUUUCAAUGUCACUGUGGUAGCUACCAAUACUUGUGGCUCUCCCCCAGAAGAAUACUGCGUACAAACCGGGGUUACGGGGGUCACCAAGUCGUGCCACAUCUGCGAUGCCAGGGAUCGCAGACAACACCACAGUGCUGUGUUUCUCACCGAUUACAACAAUCAACAGGACACCACCUGGUGGCAAAGUCAGACUAUGUUAGCGGGCAUCCAGUAUCCACACUCAAUCAAUCUAACUCUUCAUCUUGGCAAGGCUUUCGACAUCACUUACGUGCGUCUCAAGUUCCACACCAGCCGCCCAGAGAGCUUCGCCAUCUACAAGCGCACAAGUGAGGAUGGACCAUGGACGCCCUACCAGUACUACAGUGGCUCCUGUGAGAAGACCUACCAGAAGACCAACAGGGGCUUCAUCCGCACCGGACAGGACGAACAACAGGCCCUGUGCACAGACGAGUUCAGCGACAUCUCACCCCUGACGGGAGGAAACGUGGCCUUCUCAACCCUUGAAGGCCGGCCCAGUGCUUACAACUUUGAUAACAGCCCAGUUCUUCAGGAAUGGGUGACAGCCACAGAUAUCAAAGUGACCCUGAACAGGCUCAACACAUUCGGAGAUGAAGUUUUCAAUGAUCCCAAGGUCCUGAAAUCCUACUACUAUGCUAUCUCAGACUUUGCAGUGGGAGGAAGGUGCAAGUGCAACGGCCAUGCGAGUGAGUGUGUGAAAAACAACGGUUUCGUCAAGCCGGUUUGCAACUGCAAGCACAACACGGAGGGCGAUGACUGCAAUGUGUGCAAGCCAUUCUACAACGACCGUCCCUGGAGGAGAGCUACAGCCAAUAACCCUAACGAGUGUCUGCCGUGCAACUGUAAUGGCAAGAGUGCAGAGUGCUACUUUGACCCUGAGCUGUACCGUGCCACUGGCCACGGAGGACACUGCCGCAACUGUGCCGACAACACUGACGGGCCCAACUGUGAGCGCUGCCUGGACAACUACUACAGAGACGGAUCUGGCACCCGCUGCCUGCCCUGCAGCUGCAACCCAGUAGGCUCUCUGGCCACUCAGUGUGACAACACGGGACGCUGCAGCUGUAAACCAGGUGUGAUGGGGGACAAGUGUGACCGCUGCCAACCUGGCUUCCACACCUUGACCGAAGCAGGCUGCAGACCUUGCUCCUGUAACCCUUCCGGAAGCACACAGGAGUGUGAUGUCCAGACAGGCCGUUGCCAGUGCAAGGACAACGUGGAGGGCUUCAGCUGUGACAGGUGUAAGCUGGGCUACUUCAACAUGGACCCCCAGAACCCUCAGGGUUGCACUCCAUGCUUCUGCUUCCAGCACUCCUCUGUCUGUGACAGCGCUGAAGGCUACAGCAUCGACACCGUCUCCUCCACCUUCGACAGAGAUGAUGAGCAGUGGACAGGCCAGCAGCGUGACGGCUCCAGUGUUUCAGUCCAGUGGUCCGCUGGUGGAGAGGAGAUCUCCCUCAUCUCCGAAGACUACUUCCCCAUGUACUUUGUGGCUCCAGAGAGGUUCCUGGGCAAUCAGCUGCUGAGCUACGGCCAGAACCUCACCCUGAACUUCCGGGUGGACAGGAGAGACACGCGCCUCUCAGCUGAGGAUGUGGUUCUGGAGGGGGCUGGCCUCAGAGUGGCUGUGCCUCUCAUUGCUCAGGGAAAUGCUUAUCCUGGAGAGAACAUGCAGACAUUUGUAUUCAGGCUCCACGACAGCACAGACUACCCCUGGAGGCCCACCCUCACUCACUCAGAGUUCCAGAAGCUUCUGCACAAUCUGACGUCCAUCAAGAUCCGUGGCACCUAUAGCGAGAGAAGUGCUGGUUACCUUGACGAUGUGAAGCUGAUCACGGCGAGGAGAGGUCCCGGGAGCCCGGCUCGCUGGGUAGAGAAGUGUACCUGCCCUCAGGGCUACGUGGGACAGCACUGUGAGAGGUGCGCCCUGGGAUACAGGAGGAGUAGACCAGACCUAGGGCCCUUCAGUUCCUGUGAUGCUUGCAACUGUAAUGGACACAGUGACAAGUGCAACCCCGACACAGGGAUGUGUGACUGCGGACACAACACAGCUGGGCUCAGUUGUGAGAGGUGUAAAGAUGGAUACUAUGGAGACUCCACUGUGGGGAGUUCCAGCGACUGCAAACCCUGCCCCUGCCCCGGAGGAUCCACUUGUGCUGUUGUGCCCAAGACCAAGGAGGUUGUCUGCACCAACUGUCCUACUGGAACCACAGGCAAGCGCUGCGAGCUGUGUGAUGAUGGUUUCUUCGGAGACCCCCUGGGGGAGAAUGGGCAGGUAAGGGUGUGUCGGGCCUGUAAGUGUACCGACAACAUCGACCCCAACGCUGUGGGCAACUGUGACAGAGAGACCGGGGAGUGCCUCAAGUGUAUCUACAACACAGAUGGCUUCUUCUGCGACCGCUGCAGAGAGGGCUUCUAUGGAAACCCUCUGGCCACCAACCCCAACGACAAGUGCAAACCCUGCUCCUGCUCUCUGUAUGGCACAGUGGACAGACAGACCAGCUGUCCACAGGUCACAGGCCAGUGCCAGUGUUUCCCCCACGUCACCAACAGGGACUGCAGCACCUGUGAGCCUGGCUUCUUCAACCUGAAGAGCGGAACAGGCUGUGAAGGAUGCAACUGCAAUCCUACUGGGUCCACCAACGGUCAGUGUGACAUCGGUUCCGGUCAGUGUGAAUGCCAGCCCGGUGUCACCGGUCAGCGCUGUGAACGCUGCGAGGUCAACUUCUUUGGAUUCGGAUCGUCAGGCUGCAAACCGUGCGACUGCGACCCAGAGGGCUCCUCGACGGCCCAGUGUAAAGAAGAUGGCCGCUGUGAGUGCCGUCCAGGCUUCGUGGGAGCCAGGUGUGACAUGUGUGAGGAGAAUUACUUCUACAACCGCUCUACUCCUGGCUGCCAGCAGUGUCCGUCCUGUUAUUCCCUCGUCAGAGACAAGGUGAACCAGCAGAGACAGAAGCUGCAUGACCUGCAGACUUUGAUUGACAACCUGGGCUCCACGUCAGAGACUGUGAGUGACAAGGCGUUUGAGGACCGACUGAAGGAGGCAGAGAAAGCCAUCAUGGACCUACUGGAGGAGGCUCAGACCAGCAAAGAUGUGGACAAAGGCCUGCUGGAGCGCCUGGGGAACCUGAACAACACACUGACCACUCAGUGGAAUCGUCUGCAGAACAUCAGGAACACCGUGGACAACACCGGAACCCAGGCCGACAAGGCCCGCAACCGGGUCCAAGACGCCGAGAACCUGAUCGGCCGCGCCCGCGAGGAACUGGACAAGGCCAAGGAUGCCAUCAGCAAACUGGACAUCAAAGCACCCUCAAUCACUGGAGAUCCUAACAACAUGACCCUUCUGGCAGAGGAGGCUCGCAAUCUGGCCGACAAACAUAAAAUGGACGCGGAUCAAAUUGAGAAGAUCGCCAAGGAUGCCAACGACACGUCCACCAAGGCUCUCAACCUGCUGAUGAAGACUCUAGAUGGCGAUGGCAAGACCAACCAAGACAUUGAUGAGCUCAACAGGAAGUACAAUGAGGCAAAGGACCUGGCCAAGAACCUGGAGAAACAGGCCAACAAGGUGCAUGCUGAGGCAGAGGAGGCAGGCGACAAAGCCCUGAAGAUCUACGCUAACCUGACAAGCAUGCCACCUUUCAACACCAAAUCACUGGAGGACGAAGCGAGCAAGAUCAAGAAGGAAGCGUCUGACCUGGACAAUCUGAUUGACAAGACAGAGAAGGAGUACAACGACUUGAGGGACGACCUGAAAGGGAAGGAGUCUGAGGUCCGCAAGCUGCUGGAGAAGGGAAAGACUGAGCAGCAGACUGCCGAUCAGUUGCUGGCUCGUGCCGAUGCUGCCAAGGCGCUGGCUGAGGAGGCUGCCAAGAAUGGGAGGACCACCUACAAGGAGGCCCAAGACAUUCUGGGAAAUCUGAGAGACUUUGACAAGCGGGUGAAUGACAACAAGACGGCAGCUGAGGACGCCAUGAAGAGAAUCCCAGAGAUCAACGCUACCAUCAUCGCGGCCAAUGAGAAGACCAAGCAGGCUCAGGGGGCGCUAGGCAACGCAGCUGCAGACGCCAAGGAGGCCAAGGGCAAGGCGGAGGAGGCAGAAAAGAUAGCCAGCGCUGUGCAGAAGGGUUCUGCUAAAACCAAGGCGGAUGCAGAGAAGGCAUUUGAGGACACAAUGAAGCUGGAUGGGGAGGUGAACGGCAUGAUGGACCAGCUGAGUGCAGCCGAGGCAGAGCUGGCCAAGAAGAAAGCUGAGGCCGACCAGGACAUGAUGAUGGCUAGCAUGGCAUCAGACAAUGCGAAGGAAGCGGAGGACAACGCCCGCAAAGCCAAGAGCGCUGUCAGGACCGUUCUCAAUACCAUCAACGACCUACUGAAGUCACUGGGCAACAUUGACAAGGUGGACCUGAGCAAGUUGGGCUUGAUUGAGGGGUCGCUGAAGCAGGCCAAGGACAAGAUGGCGAACAGCGACCUGGACCGCAAGCUGGCGGAGCUGAAUGACGUGGCUAAGAGCCAGGAGGAGAUGAUCACCGACUACGACAGGCAGAUCAGGGAGAUCCGGUCCGACAUCGCCAACCUCAACGACAUCAAGAACACGUUACCUGGCGGCUGCUUCAACACCCCAUCCCUAGAGCAACCUUAACCAACUCUCUCUCCACCCCCUGUACCCUCCUUCCUCAUAGCACGUCUGUACCACUCCUUCCCACAUCUAACACUCGGGCAGAAUGCCACCUUUUUACCAAAAUGUUUUUUUUUUGUCUUUUUUUUUUAACAAGAGAGAAGCCAAGUUUCAUGGUUUUAAAGAAAGAGAAGAAGCAGCUUUGACAUGCAGUAAUGCAGAAACGUGAAAUGAACUAAGGGCAGUCGACAAAAAAACGUGCAUCCAUUCUCCUUAGGUGCAGCAGGUUAGGAGAGGGGCUAUACCUGGCUCCAGAGUAAUGAAAACCCACAUGCCUGCACCACCUCCAGACUGUUCCUACACUUCUACGUGGAGGACUGGUACACCGUCUUGUUUCAUCACAACCUAAACCACCCCAACAGAGAAAACAAGGACAAAUGUCCUCAGCCUUUUCGGAUGGGUCUAUGUGUCAUAUGAUAUACCUUUGUUUUUAUUUGAUAUGGUAUCAAACAAGUUAUCCUUACCCAUCAUUCUAGACCCAAGGGCAUGCUGGGAAUGGUUUGUCUGUGAGAUAUUUUUUAGCUAUAGGUAUUGUGCAACUUCCAAUACAUAUGUGCCAUCCUUGGUGUUAUCAAUCAUUUUGUUUUAAAAAACAAGCAGUGAAGGAAUUCUCACAAGUUUAUAUCUUUGAUUUGCCUCCAUUCGCUUCCAAAGCUACAUGGAGAAAGUAUUCCUGUUAUUAUUACAAAUGUUUACAGUAUUCAACUCUACUACACAUUCUGCUCCACACCCACAUGAAAUAACACUACAGUUAACUAUAGAAUACUACAGUACUUACUAUAGAAUUCUGUAAAAAAAAAUACUGUAGUAUACUAUACUACAUAUUGUACUACAGCGUGUCCCAAACUCUGUCCUCUGGACACCAAGGGGUGCACGUUUUUGUUUUUGGCCCUAGCACUACACCGCUGAUUCAAA